GCCAUUUGACAUGUGAAAUAGCAUCGUACUUAUCUGUAUUUUAUGAAAGCUUCUUCAAAGGGUUGGCGGAACACUAUAAAAGAUUAUGGCGAGCUGGAUUCAGGAGACUUACAGUAGUAUUUUCAGCCAGAAUUACCAGCUGGCACUUAAAAAGGCAUUUGGCCACUUCAUGAAUAGUCUAACUGCGAUGAAAGUUCACACCAGAAACAACAGUUUUUCUUUUGACGUGUGCGUUGGUUUGAAGAAGAGAAUGUUUCACCAAUUAAUGGACGAGCACGAAGUACCAAAACAGAAACAAUACGCGUCAAAAGGUUUUUCGUUGCCGUAUGUGAACGAGGGAGGCCGGAUAAAGCAGCGACUUAUCCUGUACGUCAAAUCAAGAACGGAGAGGCUUAAGUAUGACGUGCUUGUGGCUCAGGAGUCCUCGUGGACUUCCUUGAAUUGGAAAGGAAUUGGCCUUUUCCUGUUUAGUUCACUUUUGGUGUCGGCAGUACUGUUUAUGGCUGUUGCUCCUGUCGUAGGAAAAAUUGCUGCGGUAAUUUUUGUUAUCAUUUUCGCGACUAGAGCAACAAAAGACCUCAAGCCAGUCAACUUUGAAGACGAUAACAUCGCGUACUUGAUUCAAAUGUUGAUCGAGGUGGACUGUCUCCUUGAACAGGGAGGAGAACUAGCCUUUGUUCACGGUCGCAAUCGCACCAUCUUCGAAGGGUUAGGACAAUAUCGCAGAAACUGAACGUACCUACCGCAAUUACCUGUAAAUUCUCAAAAACUAGUUUUUUUGUUGCUUGCCUUCAGUGUGCGCCUGCAUUUUGGUACUUUUGUUGACCAUGAGUAAUGAAAUUGUAGGUAAAUAUAGGUGUUAUGGUCUUUGUGGAAAAUUGGUUCUCGGUACGGUUGGCAGCUGAGUUUGUGUUCGUAAUUUUUCUUACGAUGGUUUUUUCACGUUGCUUUUCCGAACUUGACUCCAACAUCUCAUUGAUGAGUGGAAGUUUUUAACUGUGCUUCUCACUUUUAUUUCCUAAGCUGAUUAGCCGUAUAUUGAGAUAGGUAUAUUUU